AAGCAAUAGCGCGACGCGAACACUGCAGCUUAAUAAUAUUAACAUCGAGAACGUGUGUCUUCUCAACCACUAAUAACCGAACAAUUCUUUCAAACUUUCCACUUCGCUAUUCAUGGGUCUCCAAACAUCCAUUGAGAAGUGGCUUACUGCCAUUCCAGACUCAUUUGGUACUGAAAUAAACGGCCACCAAUUGCAUUCAAACAAGGCUUCAUCAUUUCAGCUACAGUGGUCGCACAUCACGCCGCCGACUUCAGAUGGGAGUAUGUCGGCUCGAAAAACAUCACCAAAGCGGAGAAGAACUGAGGAAGAUGUGGACACCACUCCCCGUUCAAACCGAGCAUCUACGCCUGCUACUUUCAACGAUGAGCGCCUUCCGCUUCGAUUGACCAACAUUCCUCAUAUGCCCCCAUCCGAAUCAUCCUUUGUUUCACAAGACUCUCGAGCAACUUCGCCUAGUAGGACUACUCGAUCUAAGAGUCCCGUUAAAAACAACAAUAGUUUGCAGGUCCUUGAUGUACCCAUCAAUCCUCUCGAGUUGGAGGGUAAUGGGCUUGAUCUUCUUCAACCAGACGUGCAUGAAUUAUACGAAGGAUUGCAGGAUAUCAACGACAAGGAAAGGUUUAUUCCCGGUCCGAUGAAGGAUAGUAUCAAGUCAACUGAGAAGCGAGCCAAGGACCAUUGGUUCAUAGACGAACGAGGUAUAGAUGGCCCAGAGAUUCUCGUCGCUUUGAAUCGAGAACUUCAGGUACUGCACGGGAUUCGAUCCGAAGCAAAGCAGUGCAAGCUUUCUGAUUGCUCAGAAGCAUCUUGGAACAUGCAUGUCCACAUGCCGCUAUUGAAACAUGCCUUAUCAGGCCAUUCUACUGUGCGUAUUGAACCAGGAAUGUCGGCCAAGAUCGCGGCACCUUUUUUACCAACCGCCAAUGGCAAAGCUACAGUAGUCGAAAGUAAGAUGGUUGACUUUACUUUGCUCCUUUGGUUGAACAAUGGAAGACCACACUCAUCGCCUCAUGAUCCACCGCAUUCCGAGGCUGAUAGUCAACUAAUCGCCGGAAUCGCCACGCAUAUUUGGAAUCAGCCGCCUGAAGCUCAGUUCGUUAAUCAAUCACUGUAUGCACCACUUCAAUUCGCCCCGAUUGCCUGCAGCAUCGAGACCAAGACCUCAACGUCGCCGAAUCAAGGCAAACUUCAGUUAUCAGUUUGGACAGCUGCGUGGUUCAAACGGAUCUCAGAAUUGUUGCCAAAUCACAAGCCUCCGACAAUCCCUCUCAUUCAUGUUGUUGGUCAUGAGUGGCAUAUCUCGUUUGCUUCCUUCCAUGGGACUCACAUUGAAGUUGCUGAAGAGCUUGCUAUUGGAGAUACAAGAACAAUUAUUGGGCUUUAUCAAUUGAUUGCUUCACUGAGAAAACUUGGGGAUUGGAUUGAGACUCAGUAUCGCGCGUGGGCGGAAGAGGUUUUUGUGCAAAGCCGAGAGACGACAGCUCAGUGAAAUGCAUGUAGAUAAUCAGCUUACUUAAGUAUUAAAGACAGAACCAAGUCUCAAUCCAAUGGAAAACCCAUACAUUAGAC